AUGUCACUUGCAGUCCUACUCUCCUUGGACCACUCAGUCGGCGGCUAUAUUGAUAUGAGUGGCUUCCUCACGUAUCAAGAUGAUCUCAAGAGUGUUGUCAACGACAAGGUUGACAGUGACAAUCCUUUUUCGCAUCCCAGCGAGCCGCAGGACACGACUGUGGACGCGAGCGCCGUCAAGGCCCAGGAAUUGAAAGAGAUCUUUUGGAUCUUGGCUCCCUACACCACCCUUCCCAAGGGAAGACAGCGUGCCAGACUCCAGUCCUUCUUGGCCUUGGGAAGGCAGACGAGAAGGUACCAUGUGCGUUGGGAGAGCGUGCAGUACAAUUUUUGCAGGAUUCAGGGUAUCAGGUUGAAUGGAAGUGCUAUGAAAACCAAGGUGACUGGUACAAGAUCCACGAUGAAAUAG